AUGACCCUCCGCCUGCUGUGCCAGGCGCUGGCCGUCCGCUCCAGCCGGGCAAGCACCAAGGUCUGGCAUCAAGCCAGGGUCGCAUGGGGCCCCGCGUCCGCCACGCCUCUGACGGAAGACGCGGUGGCCCACACCCACGCAGCGCCCUCAUACGCCAAUCACCGCGUCCGCCCCUGGCCCAAAGGCAGUGGCGCGCUUCGCGCUGUCGCUGGCUUCAGCUCCAGCGCGGCCAGGUUGGCACACCUGUGCCAGGUUGACAGCUGCAGUAAGCAGCCCACAUUCAACUUCGAGGGGGCGUCCAAGGGCCUCUUCUGCAAGCCACAUGCGGCGCCCGGUAUGGUCAACGUUGUGAGCCGGCGAUGCCGAGAGCCCGGCUGCAGUAAGCAGCCCCACUUCAACUUUGAGGGCGAGUCCACAGGCAUCUUCUGCAAGGCUCAUGCGGCGCCCGGUAUGAUCAACGUUGGCAGUCGGCGCUGCCGAGAGCACAGCUGCAGGAAGCAGCCCCACUUCAACUUUGAGGGGGAGUCCAAGGGCAUCUUUUGCAAGGCACAUGCGGCGCCCGGCAUGGUCAACGUUGUGAGUCGACGCUGCCGAGAGCCCGGCUGCAUGAGACAUCCCCACUUCAGCUUUGAGGGCGAGUCCAGCGGCCUCUUCUGCAAGGCGCAUGCGGCACCCGGCAUGGCGGACGUCACGAGCCCGCGCUGCAGGCAGCCGGACUGCGCCACGCGGCCCAACUUCAACUUCGAGGGCCAGUCCAGGGGCAUCUUCUGCAAGACGCAUGCGGCGCCCGGCAUGGUGGACGUCGUAGAGAGGCGCUGCCAGCAGCCUGGCUGCACCAAGCGCCCCUGCUACAACUUCCAGGGCCAGUCCAAGGGCAUCUUCUGCAAGGCUCAUGCGGCGCCCGGCAUGGUUGAUGUGAAGAAGCCCCGCUGCCGGGAGCCCGGCUGCACUAAGCGGCCCGUCUUCAACUUCAAGGGCGAGUCCAGGGGCAUUUUCUGCAAGGCCCACUCGGAGCCAGGCAUGGUGGACGUCCAGACCUGGCGCUGCCGAGAGCCCGGCUGCGAAAAGCUGCCCAGCUUCAACCAUGCGGGGCAUGGCGCCGCCAAGUACUGCGCCGCGCACGCCCAGCCUGGCAUGGUCAACGCCGUCGCUCGACGAAGCGACCCCAACAACAGCGGACGGGCGAGCGGCGCCGCAGCAGCCCAACCCCUCGCGCGCGCGGCGGGGCUCCAGCCAGCAGAAAAAUUGCAACAACAACAGCCUGACUCGUCUGACAGCGCACAGAUGCUCUUGGCAAAGGCUUGGUUCCUCCUGGGCGGCGCCAGCGGCGCCUUGCUGUUCCCCUACGUAAACGUUUUCCUUGCGGCAAGAGGCACGCUGAACCCUGCUCCCGCGCGCCACCGCUCCCGCGCGCGCCUGGUAUCCCACGCGGCUGCCACCUUGCGGGCGACCACAAUGCACCGCGCGCCCUCGCACGCAACCGCCACCGAGCAGCUGCCUGGCGAGCAGCUACCUGCCAAGCAGCUGCCUGGCCUCACCCCUGCAGAGAUCGGCCUCAUCUCCGCCCUUCGGCCGUGGGUCGCCGCGCCCACCUCCAUCGCCGCCACCGCCCUCGCCGACCGCGCCGCCGCGCACCGGCCGCUGCUGCUCCUCGGCCUCUGCGCCUCGGCGCUGCUGCGCGCGGCGCUGCCCCUGGGGCGCGGCGCGUGGGAGCUCUGCGCCAUCCUGCUGGCUGCUGAGGCGUUCGGCUUCUUCGGUGUCCUCGGGGACUCCACUGUCCUCUCAAACCUGGCUGGGCGCGAGGGCGGGGCCGCGUCAUACGGCGCCCAGCGUGUGUGGGCCAGCAUCGGCUGGGGUGUCUUCGGCGUGGCGGGCGGCGCCGCCAUCCAGCGCUUCGGCAUUGAAACGGCCCCCUUCGUCGGCUUCGGCCUGCUUUCGGCGCUGCUGUUUGUGGUGGGCGCGCUGAUGCGGUACAACUACGCCGGGUGGGCGCCCGCGGCCGCCCCUCUGCCUUCCGCCGACGCACGCGGCAGCGGCGGCGGCGGCGGCCCCGAAAGGGGCCUGCUUGAGAGCCCCCCCGCUGCCGCCGCCGAGCCUGCCGCCGGCGAGGCAGCCGCCGUCGGUGCGCCUGCGGCGGCAGAGGCGGGCGAGUAUGACUGGUCGGAGGGCGGGAGCCUGGAGGGUGCGGCGGCUGGGGCGGAGGAGGGCGGCGUGGCGGCGCUGUUGCUGCAGCCGGAGGUGGCGAUAUUUCUUUUUGAGGCGACGAUGCUCGGGUUUGGCAUGGUGAGGGGCUGCUGGCGCUUGUGA